AUGGCAAGCUACACCCCACCGACUGAUCCGCCGGCUAAGCGACCUCUUAGCAGAGCCCACAGUCCAGUGAGAAAACUUAGUUCAUUGGGGACGGGCCGCCAGGGGGAUCGAGGCCGGCAUGAUCAGGAUCAGGUUGCCAACUCCAAGACCCCCACGGAGCAUAUGGAAGAAGAAGAAGAAGAGGAGGAGGAAGCACAGGACACAGAGGUCCAUCAGCAAUCCUCUCAUCUAAGGAAGGGGAGUGAGUACCGGCGAAGAGCACCGGUAUCUUUGCCGAAUUCGCCAUUCUCCACUGCUAUUCUCCAAGAGCCUAUGGAGAAAAUCAAGAUGCCGACAUGUAAGUAUGACGGUAGGACUGACCCGGAGGAUCAUAUAUUGGUCUAUGAGGGGCACAUGCUGCUAUACACCGACACUGACUCAGUAUGGUGCAAGGUGUUCCCCUCUACACUGACCGGACUGGGACAGACAUGGUUCAAAAGCAUACCACGGGCAACAGUCUUCGACUUCCACCAGCUUACAUCAAUGUUUGUUACACACUUUGUUAGCAACAAACAAAGGGAGAAAACCACCGACGAGCUGAUGUCGGUCAAGCAAGGAGAGACAGAAAGUAUGAGGGACUAUUUCGGGCGUUUUAACGCAGAAGCCGUCACCAUUCCUACUCUCCGGCAGGUGGUUUCUAUCUUAGCUCUCAUGACGGGACUAAAGGAAGGAACUCCCUUUAGAAGUUAUCUAGGCCAGAAGAAGCUAACAAGCCUCACAAAGGUGUUGGGCAAGGCAAACGACUUCAUCCGGGGGGAAGAGUUUGACAAAGCUUCAAAUGCUAAGAGGCCUGCAGCCGAGGAGAAAGAGAAGGAAAAAGACUGUAAAGAUGAUAAGUACCGGAAGGACAAGAAGCCGUACACCUCCAAUAGAAGAGAGGAAAGUAACUCUGUGAAAAAGGGCCAUAAAGGCCGACCUGACAAGUACCACAACUACACUCCUCUCACGACAUCCCGUGCCCAAAUAUACGAGUUGCACAAAGAUGAUGACAAGUGGCGUAGGCCUAGGAAGAUGUACUAUAAAGGCCGGGAUAAAUCGAAGUGGUGCGAAUUUCACAGGGAUUAUGGUCACAUAACUGAAGACUGCAAAGACCUCAAGGACGGGAUUAAAGACCUCAUUAGAAGAGGGUACUUCACCCAGUACCAAGCAAGGGUCGACCGAAAAUCUCCAUCUAGAGAAGAUGAAAACGGCAACAGAAGGCCAGUCAAAGAUAGGAUUACUGAAAUCCAUGUUAUCACGGGUGGACCGAUAAGAGGUGGAAGCAUACACGGUGCUAAAGCUAGCUUGAAGGAAGUCAGGCACCAAGUGAACUACCACAAUGCAGGGAAGUGGCCAACACCCCAGCCAUGCAAUCUAUGGUUUUUACAUUGGAAGACGCUAGGGGUAUUGUCUAUCCCCAUGAUGAUCCCCUGGUAG